CCACCAUCACUAUGUUGCGUCUGUUGUGUAUCGCCCUGUCUCUUUUCUUAUCCCUUCAGCUCGCUGUUGCAGACCCUGCCUCAACAGUCUCACGAGUUCCACGUCACUCCAAGUCAUCGUCACUAGUACUGACCAAGUCUGUACUAUCAGCUCUCUUGGUUCCCCGAGGGAAGUUCACUGCUCGACAAGGAUGCCCCAGCGGAUAUCAGCAAUGUACCAACUACCCGGACGCAUGUGCCCCUACUGGCAGCUUCUGUUGCAGCGAUUCGUAUAACUGUCCAGAUGGCACCACUUGCUUCGAAUCCGAAUGUUGUCCCAGUACCGCGCAAACGUGUAAUGGAAAUGCCUGCUGCAACCCUGGUAGUGAAUGCUGCAGCGACGACACCUGCUGUGAAUCCGGCUACUCCUGCUGCAAUGACUCUACCGGGGGAUGCUGCCCUACUGGAACUACGUGCAUCGCCAAUUCUGAUCAAUGUUCCGCUGGAGGCUCAAGUUCUGUGGGUGGAAGCAGUGUACCCACUAGCAUUACGGUUACUACUCCGUCCAAGUCCACUGUGCUGCCAGGAACCACUUCUAGCAGCAGUCCUGUAAUUACAUUCAACGGGCCCACAACAACUUCCAGCACUUCUUCCUCCACUUCGUCGACAGCUUCAUCCGCGGGGUCUACUUCCACUGGUUCGUCACAAACUGGUGCUGCUCCUCGUGGUAUUGCACUCGCACCUGGAAAACAACUUGUGGUCUUGGCCGCAGUUGUUGGUUUGCCGAUCCUCCAUAAUGUCGUCCAGGCAUUGUGAACAAGCAAUGACACUUUUCUUCUGAUCAUCAGCAUUUGUUGAGGUUGUGAUUCAUGAUAUGUUCACUUUUUUUUACAUACUAGGACUUGUAAUACGACAUUUUGCCUGCAAAUUGAUCUAGUUGGUUCGCGA